GUUUAAAAUGGUUCUGAAGCCCAUCCUUGUCCAAAUACCAGAUAUCCCCACUCUUGGACGCGGUUCCAUCUCGUACAAUUCUGACCACAAGAGGUUCUGCAUUUACAUGCAUUCAACUUAGUAUUGCCAAAUUAGGGCAGCAGGUAGUGACUGAAAACAUCAACCAGAAGUCAUUGUGGAGCCUGGGAGUUGAUUCCCGUCGAGCGUGGCUGUCCAUCCCUUUCCCCACUUCAUCUCGAGAUCUGAACAUGCAGCGUGGAACUGGAAACCCGGCCCCAGAUGCAAACAGUUGUAGCAUAUCGUGCGAGAGAUGCCGUAGACGCAAAAUCAAAUGCGACCGGCGUAUUCCAUGUUCGAAAUGCACGAAAGCUGAAGUCGAAUGCUCCUUUCCUGGCGGCGGAGAAAGACAACGGCCAGCAUCGAAGAAACAUGUCCAAGCUCUGCAGAAUCAAAUCGCAUCUUUGGAAACUUUAGUCCAGAAGCUCGCUGCUGCAGAUGAGUCCUCACGAAAUGAGAUUCUUGCCACGGCAGUCUCUUCCGAAAAUCAGGACGACAGUAUCCAUCCGCAAUCAAAUCUUGUGUCUCCUUCACCAUCAGCAUCAUCGACUGGUGAAUUGUUCCUUGGCCGAGCUCGUGAGGGCAGGAUGAGGAAACUCAGCUCCAGAAAGGCCACACAGUUCUUCGGAGGUACAAGUCUGUUCGAGAUCCAGCUGUCGGGAACCUCGAACAAAGCUUUCUCGCGUAGCAAUGCUGCUCCAUCCAUUUCUCCUGGUCAGGUUGUCCAUCAUUCUCCUCCUAUCUUUGAAUAUGAUAGUAGCAUGUUCGAGCCUCAUGGCCACAUCUGUCGGCAAUCGCUGCCAAUAUUCUUCCAAAAUGUCUACCAGUACAACAUGUGUAUCUACCGCGAAUACUUCUUGAGAGAUUACGCCGCGGGCUCAGGACCUUAUUACUCUGACAUGCUGCUGUAUUCUAUCUGCGCAACUGCAGCUCUUGUCUCACCAGAUACUUCCCUCAAAGCACUAACUCCUAUGUUCGCAAAACAAGCUACCAAAUUACUCUAUGAAUCAUUAGAGCUCCCAGAACUCACUACACUCCAAUCGCUUCUUAUCUUAGGGCAACUGGAGAUUGGUCAGGGAAAAGGAUCAAAAGGCUGGCUCUUCUGUGGCAUGGCCUGUCGUCUGACGCACGAAAUGGGGUUACACCUCGAUCCAAACAACUGGAAUAUUGCAGCUGACUCAUCAAUUGAUCGAGAAGUAUUACGUCGAGUAUAUUGGGCUGCAUUCAUCGUGGACAAGCAGCUAAGCCUCUACUUCGGCCGGCCCCCGGCUCUUUAUCCCCAUGGAGCUGAUGUUCGCAACACAAUCAGAAUUCCAUAUCCACCUGAGUGGGAAAGCCUUCUUAAUACGUACGUGUCUCAGGGAAAUUCCGCAGAUAAUUUCGAGGACGGCUUGUCACUUGUUGCGUGCUUCACGCAUCGAGUCGAGCUAUCCAAAAUCUUUCAUACCAUGAUUGUCGAUAUCUUCGAGAACCGACAUCGUCAAAUAGACAUCACAAUCGCUGCAGCAACAGCACAGAGGGUUCACACUUCUCUCACCAAGUGGCUUGCUAUGCUGCCACAGAAAUUGCAUUGGAACCAAUGGACAGUUGAGCAGGUCCCUCCUUAUGUCCUACACCUUCACAUGGUCUUCCACACUGGAAUGAUUAUACUGCAUAGACCUUCCCGUCAACAUCUUGACGACGAAGCGGUGGUCAGAGGAGAUGAUGUCGAAGUUUGUUAUGAGUCUUUGGGUGCAGUCUUACGUCUCAUGCGAGUUUACAGCAAACACUACCGCUUUGAAACCUUACCGUUGGACUUUGUACACACGCUAUCAGCUGCUGCAGGUGUGUUAUUGAUGAAGAGAUACUUGGAGAAGUCGUCGUGGGCGGACAAGGACAUAUCGAAACCUCUUGGACAGAUCUUAGAGGCCAUGACUGUUGUUGAGAUUGUUUGGCCUUGCAUCACAGAGAUCAAGGAAGGGAUCUUGGAAACUAUGAGCCCUACAGACGGCAGCGAUCCACAACAAGAAUUUGUGCCUGAUUAUAAUCUGAUGGGUAUGUUGGAAUACGGGCCAGGGUCCCUCCCAAACCCUUGGUUCACAGGUAUCGAGAACAACCCAGGCGAUCUGUGCUUUUUGGUCACUGAUGAUUUUUUGGGUGGUUUUGUUACUUGAACUUAGCGACGGAGAAUGAAAAUUCUGUCAGAUCAAGCCAUUGGACACUGUGAUGGAAUUAAUUUGUGCCCCUGUUUGCUUGGCGCAGUAGCCGAGAGUAAACAAGCGGUUACACUACAGCAUCUCGAUUUAUUUCCGAGCUCAGUUUAGUCAAAG